ACGCAACAAAAAAGUCAUUUGGAGAAAAAAAAAAAAAAAGAGAGAGGGACAUAGAAAAUGGGGAGGCACAGCCCAGAGUGAAUGCAGACAAGACACAGCAGCCAGCAUGCACAAUGACCUGCAGGUUGGGAGGAGAUGCAGACAGUAACAUCUGUGCAGCAAGAAGACCACAAGAAACAGAAGCCAGGACUGCUUCGGUGAGCCUCCCUGUCUGACUCUUAUUGGUGUUACAGUCAAAUUCAUGAGUCAUCAGUAGAUAUUUAUUCCAAAAUGGGAGAAACAGACGGUUGAUGAGACCAGCCAGACGCACCAUGAGGACCGUAUAACGAAUUAUUAUCACCAUUGAGCUACGUGAGAAUUAUUAUCAUGUCAUUACCAAAGAUCCAGGUGGAGGAAGCUGACGAGGAAGCAGGUAGCAGCUCCAUCCCACCAGGUGACGACCAUCUGAGGAACUUGAAGGCCCUGACAGAGAAGCUGAGGUUAGAAACCCGCAGGCCAUCUUACCUCGAAUGGAGGGCAAAGCUUGAGGAUCAGCCAUGGAAGAACCCAGAAGCUCCCGUGGAACAAGAAGUCCAAGAAACCAGCCAAGGUGAUGAUGGGACAUUCCAACCACUAGAGAUUAAACAGAUUCAGAAAAGCUUGGGCCCCCCAAAGCAGAACUCUACGGAGUCAAAGAAAAUACACGGCUUUGACAGUAUUGAUGAAGCCCUUAACUGGCUAAGGAAGGAGCUGACAGAAAUGCGUCUCCAGGACCAGCAGUUGGCCAGACAGCUCAUGAGGCUGCGAAGCGACAUCAACAAGCUAAAGAUCGAGCAGACGUGUCACCUUCAUCGGAGAAUGUUGAAUGAUGCCACCUAUGAACUGGAAGAGAGGGAUGAGCUAUCGGAUCUGCUCUGUGACUUCCCCAUGAUGUCCUCUUUUGGCCUCUCUACUCCUCUGAAACUUAUUGGAGUUACCAAAAUGAACAUCAAUUCUCGGAGGUUCUCCCUCUGCUAGAACCUUGGAAAGCUCUCCAGUGGCUCCUCCAUUAACACAGACAUUAGAUUUUGCUGCCUUAUAUAAACACCAGCCAAUCACAUAUCUUGACACUGUGUCCAGUGACACAUGGUAUGUAGCAAUGCCUGGCAGUGAACCCUAGUCCAAACGGACCAACCUGGACAAUCAGUUUGUUCAUCAUUAUUCAAGAGGACCUUUCAUGUGCAUAUCUACUGUUAUAAAUAUCAAGAUAGGACACAUACAUGGAUGGAGUUCCGUAGCACGGUGGUGGAUAUGGAAUGUAACCUUAAGGCUU